UUUCUCAUAUGUUGAAGGUAUCGUCACUUGCAUAUUACAAACUAUUAUAUUCUUUGCCAUAAUAUCUUCGGAUGCCAGUACAUACCAUAACCACGAUCCAAGAAGCAUUAUUGUUAUUUGUUUUAUUUUUUUGAAAAGAAUUCUUUUGGAUUCGUUAUUUAAUUAACGCGUGACGCAACAAUUAAAUGUCUUGUAGUGAAGAAUUUUCUCAUAAUUUACAGUGAAUUUGAAGUAGUGGGGUUUUUUUGUAUUUAGAAAAAUUUUACGGACAUGGUUAACAAUAUGACUACGGUCAAAAUAAAAAUAUGGCUGGCAUUAUUUAUUAUUGGUGCUUUUCAAACAUACUACUUAAAUGCCGAAGUACGUAUAGUUUGUUAUUACACAAAUUGGUCGGUAUACCGGCCGGGGACAGCAAAAUUUAAUCCACAAAAUAUAAAUCCAUAUUUAUGUACACAUUUAAUUUAUGCAUUUGGUGGUUUUACCAAAGAUAAUACAUUAAAGCCAUUUGAUAAAUAUCAAGAUAUUGAGAAAGGUGGCUAUGCAAAAUUUACUGGCCUUAAAACAUAUAAUAAAAAUUUAAAAACAUUAAUCGCCAUCGGUGGUUGGAAUGAGGGUUCAUCCAGAUUUUCAUCGUUAUCAGCAAGUUCAGAGAAACGUAAAGAAUUUGUUAAGAAUGUUGUGAAAUUUUUACGUGUAAAUCAUUUCGAUGGUUUGGAUUUGGAUUGGGAAUAUCCAAGUUUUCGUGAUGGUGGAAAACCACAUGACAAGGAAAACUAUUGUCAAUUAGUUCAGGAAUUACGGGAGGAAUUUGAACGGGAAGCAGCAAAAACUGGUCGACCAAAAUUAUUACUUACAAUGGCUGUACCAGCAGGUAUCGAAUAUAUCAAGAAAGGAUUCGAUGUUGAAAAACUUAACAAAUAUCUAGAUUGGAUGAAUAUUUUAAGUUACGAUUACCAUUCGGCAUUCGAACCUUCCGUAAAUCAUCAUGCCCCAUUGUAUCCACUCGAAGAAGACAAUGAGUAUAAUUACGAUGCUGAAUUAAAUAUUGACCACACCAUAAAAUAUUAUUUAGAAAAUGGUGCUGAUAGACAAAAAUUGGUGCUUGGAAUACCCACAUACGGUCGGUCAUACACCCUAUUUAAUCCUGAUGCAAAUGAACUUGGUGCUCCAGCAGAUGGACCUGGUGAAAUGGGUGAUGCUACCAAAGAAAAAGGAUAUCUAGCUUAUUACGAGAUUUGUGAAAAUAUUAACUCGAAUUCUGGUUGGACUGUUGUUCAACCAAAUCCAAGUGCCAUGGGACCAUACGCUUACAAAGAUGACCAAUGGGUUGGCUAUGACGAUGAAAAUAUUGUUAGAUUAAAAGCAAAAUAUGUGGCUGAACAGGAUUUAGGAGGUAUUAUGUUUUGGUCAAUUGAUAAUGACGAUUUUCGUGGUAAAUGCCAUGGCAGACCGUAUCCAUUAAUUGAGGCUGCAAAAGAAGCUUUAAUUGAAAGUUCAAGCUCCGAAAUCGUACAAAAUAGUGGAGGACGUCAAACUAUCACACAAACAACAGUUAUUCGCUCUCGAGGAAGUAAUCGAUAUAAUUCAAGAAAUCAAAAUCAAUUUGAUGAUGGUAAGGAAUCAACAACUGUAAUCAAAGGAUCAAAUAGAAGACGUGUUGCAAAUAGUCGAUCUAAACAAAAUCAAAGACGCCAAAGUCAGCGAAGGUCAACAACUACAUCAACAACAACUACAACAACAACUACAUCAGCUCCAUUGAGUGUAAUUACACCAAGUUACACAACACCACCUCCUCCAGCCACUCCUGAUUCUGGAAGUGAUUUUAAAUGUGAAGAUGAAGGAUUUUUCCCACAUCCAAGUGACUGUAAAAAGUAUUAUUGGUGUUUAAGUAGUGGACCGUCUGAAUUAGGAAUUGUUGCUCAUCAAUUUACAUGCCCAGCAGGGUUGUACUUUAACAAAGCAGCAGAUUCUUGUGACUAUUCAAGAAAUGUUUUGUGUAACAAAAAGCCAAAGACUACAACCACAACUACAAGUACGACCACUGCCCAGCCAAAAACUGUCCAAUCAACAACCACACCACGAACUACAACCCAAAGAACACGUGCACCGAUUACAGCUGCAACAAGUAAAACAACAUUAAGACAAGCCUCAUCUACUACGACAACACCUAUUCCAGAUAUAUAUGAGGACGAUGAAUACGAAUAUUAUGACGAUGAAGAAGAAGAUGGUGGUACAAAACAAGUAUUUGACUCUGAAGAAGAUCCAAAAGUAAUAAAAGAAUUAAUCGCUUUGAUCAAGAAAGUUGGUGGUGUUCAAGAAUUGGAAAAACAAUUAUUUUCAGCUGAUGGAAGUUCAGGAAGUACUACACCACCCGCAAUUAGCAAAAGCUUAUAUGAACGUGUUCUGUCUUCUAGGAAUAAUAAUGCCGCUGGUGCUCAAUUUAGUGGUGGAUCUAGAAAUAUUAUUGGUACAACCAAAACCAGAACAACAAACUUUAGAAAUGGAGUACAAUUUAGUGGAAGUGAAGAAGAAAGCAGUAAUCGUGGAAAACCUCAGUACGUUACAAUUAAUCGGUCCAGACAACGAACCACUACUAAUGAUGAUGAAAGUUUAGAAAACUCUAGAACGAAUACAAAUUUCAAUUCUGAAGAACGUUUAAUUCAAACUGAUAGUAGCUCAAACUCACAAUUACCAUCAUAUGUAACAAUUGCACGAGGAACAAAAACCAAAGUGACGGAAACCAGAACAUCAGAAGAAUCUCCUAAUGAAGCUGUUUUACGUGUUAAAGAACAACGUCGAAAUCAAUUCCGAAGUAAUUCAGAAAUGCCAGAGUAUGUUACAAUUGCACGAGGUACUUCACGAGUACAACAAAAUGAAAAUGUUGACAGUGCUGAGGAUGAUUCUUCAGAUGAAGAAGAAUUAAAUGUAAAAACAACGUUUAACAGUGGCUCAGAACGGAGAUUUGUUAAUCGGCUUGAAACUGUGAAAAAUGUUAAUAUGCCAGAAUAUGUAUCAACAACAAAUUUCCGACAACGGAAUUUACCAGACACAUCGAGCGAAUUAAAUAUAAAUGGAAAUGAGGAUUCCCAAACAAUAUUCUCAUCUUCUGAAUCUAGUAAUUUAUCAAAACAAAAUUCAGAAACAUCGACUUCCAAAUAUCAAACUUUAAACAGAUCACGAUCGUCAUUUGUUUCAUCAAGUACAGCUUCAAAUCAACAAACUGAAACCUCUGAAGAGGCAUCGACAAAAACAAAUACAAAUUCUGAUCAAACAUUACUAUUAUCCAUUAAAGAUGGACAACAGAAUCAAAAAGAAACUGUCGUUGUAACAGUCAACGAAUCCGAAAAAGAUGUUUCGGACACUGAAGAAGAGAUUACUGGUACAACUGAAACAGUUGACAUAUUAUUGAAACCAUUAUUAAAUAUACCAGUAUUUAGCGAGGAAACAAAUCAAACUAGUGUGGAAAAAACUGUUAUUGAAACAGAAACAUCAACAAAUGAUAAAACUGUACCAAUAUUACAACCAGCUCGUCCAUUUUCAAUAACACAAAAAUCUGUACUCGACGAACAAACCAAUGAAAAUGCUUCAACGACAUCAACGCUUAAGGUGAGUGAAAAUCAAACUACAGCUAAUGAUGUUGUAUACACAAGUCGAGGUACACUUUUGACACCGCACGGAUUUGUUUUGGGGAAUAACGGUAGCACAAGUAGCAAUAAUAAUCAUAUUAAUAAUAUCACUAAAAUCGAAUACACCAUAAUUGAUAAUAAAAAUACAAUAAAUUACAAUUUAAAUGAAACAAAUGAAUUAAAUAAAAAUAAUCGUGUACCAAUUGUUCGUAUUGCAUCGGAAAAUCGAUUUGAAUCACGGAACACUAGUCGAUUGGGAGUAGGAGCUCAAGAAUCCAAAGAAAGUUCAAAUGAAACAAAUGUAUUCAACGUAUCACGAAAUCGAUUUAGAAUUCAAGGCACUUCUGGCUUACAAUCAAAUCAAGCUGAAAGUUCCACACAAAGUCGGCUAAGAAGCCAAAACACAACGGAAUUACAAUCAAAUCAAAUUGAAACAUCAUCGCAAAAUCGAUUCAGAGUUCAAGGCGCCUCAAAUAAACAAUCAAAUCAAACAGAAACAUCAAAUAGUCGAUUUGGAAUUCAAGGAACGUCGAGCUUAGAAUUAAAUCAAACUGAAACUUUGACACAAAAUCGACUUCGAAGCCAAAACGCAACGGAAUUACAAUCAAGUCAAAUUGAAACAUCAUCGCAAAAUCGAUUCAGAGUUCAAGGCGCCUCAAAUAGACAAUCAAAUCAAGCUGAAACAUCGAGAAAUCGAUUUGGAAUUCGAGAAUCAUCAAACGUAUCACAAAAUCGAUUUAGGGCACAGGAAACAUCAACAGAGGCCCAAAAUCAAACGGAAACAGUAACACGAAAUAGAUUUACAGGGCGUCGUGUGGUUAGUCGAUUUAGAACUACAACAACUACACCUAGCCCAUCCUCUGAAACUACUCGAAGUAGAAAUCGAGGUCGAGUUCGAGGUACAUUAGCCACAACAACCGAAUCUAUUGAUGAUGAUGAUUUAAAUGCGAGUGUUGAAAGGACAUAUCGUCCAAAAUCAACUUUCAGAGAUCUUUCAUCAUUAACUGCAGUAGAUUUUAAUCGCCGUCAAGAACUUAACGGUAAUAAUCGAUUUAGAAUUAGUAGACGUCGUCCUGCACGUGUCAAUGUAGCGACCACAACCAUUAAUGCUACUGAAAGUGGCACAUCUGUCAAUAGAACAUCAAACUUUGGAACGCGGCGUCAAUCAAUUUCGAAUGAGAAUGAAUCAACUCGAAGAACAAUCACAAGCGAAACAACUCAAGAUACAGCAUCCAGAAACUACUUAUUCAGACCACGUGGUAAUAGAAUUCUUGCAGUUAAACUUAAUGAAACUGAAACACAGAGCGAGGAAACUCAAACUAAUGAAGAAAAUGUAACCGAAAUUACAAGUACUGACGAAUCAUCAACGAUAACUUCAGUAAAUGAAGCAAGUAUUGAACACGAGGAAAACGAACAAAUACAUUUAUCUGAAACGAAUAUACGCGAAACUGAAUCAAUCGGGAGAGAUGUAAAUCAAAUUGUAAAACCUAUCGAAAUACCCCGACGUCGUAAAAUAAUCCGAAAACAACGACCAAUUGCAUCUACCAUUGAUUUUACAACGGAAACAAAUGAAUUAAUAAUGGUUGACAAUGUUGAUGCACGAGUAAGUGUGACACGCGAACAAAGUGUCACUGAACCAAAUACCAUUGUACGGACACGAAAAAUUAUACGUAGAUUACGGCCAGUCAAUGCAAUUCAAAAUACUGAAUUGGAACAAAAAAAUUCUACAUUAAUUAGUAAUAAUAACAGUAGUAAUAGUAAUUCAAGUGAAAAUCUAGUCACGCAACAGCGAUCUCAAACAUCACGUUUUACGUCACAGCGUAACAGAACAUUUAAUCGGCCUACACAAGCCGAAACAACAUUUAACAGACCCACACCAACUGAAGGAACAGUUACUGUACAAAAUACUUCGAGACGGCGUUAUCAAUCAAAUAAUUUCAAUCGUUUCGGAACACGACCUAGAUUAGAGGUUUUACGAACUAGCAGUUCAUUAAAUUCAGAAAUAACUCGAAACAAUUUUGAUGACACUACAUCAAAAUCUUCCGAUUCAAAAGUAACUGAAGAAGAAUCUAUUUCACAAGCAAAAUUAGUAUCCAAUUCAGAAACAAAUCAAAAUAUUUCUGAAGAAUCUGCAUCGCAGUCAAUAUCGUCAAAUACAGAAACACGAAAUAAUUUCGAAGCUAGAUCUCAAUUAUCAACAUCAUCGAAUUCAGAAACAACUCGCCUCAAUGAAGCUAGCUCCCAAUCCUUAUUAUCUGCAUCUCAAAUUGAGACUUCAUCAAAACAAGAUGAAGAAUAUGAAAACCAAAGAUUUAUAACCACAGAAAAUGAAAAAGCAGACGCGACCACUGACAUUACGAUAGAUGAUGUUACAACAGAUUUACUUUCAGAAAUUACCACUGCUGGCGAAGACAUUAUUGUGACAACAGCAAAUGAAAACGACGGUCUUACAUCACCUGUCGCUAUAACAACCGAUGAUUACGCAACGACUUUAAAUACUUUUGAAGAAGAUGAAUCCGUAACUUCAAACCAAAAUGAAACAUCGACUGAACAGACAACUUCUACAACCACCUCAAAACCUAGCCGAUUAUUUAGACGACCGGGUGAAAGAACUUCAUUAAAUCGAACUAGCUUCAGCAAUCGUAGAGACUCAGUUAUAUCAACAAGCUCUGAAAGUACAAGACAAAAUGGAUUCCGGCGUAGAUUUACAACAUCUAGACCAACAACAACAGUUACUUAUCCAAGCACAACUAGACGGCGAACUGUAUAUCGUCAAUUUACACCAAGAACAUCAACUAGAAGUUAUACUUUUGGAAAUCGUCGAAGAAAUCAAUCAAAUGAAGUUGUAGAACAGAAUGAAGCCGAUGAAUACAAUUCAGUCAAUUCAAACGAUCAAGAAGCUUCAGUUAAUUUAUCAUCUUCAAGAAACACAGAAGAAUCCUAUAGUAUUAGUAGCCAAGAAAGGACUGCACAAAAUGAUCGACUAAAUAAAGUAUCUAUCACGGCUAAUCAAGAAAGAGUUAUUUCUCAAAUUAAUUCAGGAAAUUCUGGAACACGCUUGUUCUCGAAACAAAACGAGUAUUCUGAAGUUAACACUAAGUCAACUGAUGAGAUAGGCACCACUGAAUUAAACACUGAGGAUCAAUUAAAUGUUGAUUUUAAUCAAAAUAGCUACGUGGAAAACGAACUGCUUUCAAAACAAAAUGAUGAGCAAAUUGAAUUAACAACUUCCAAUUUCGAAGCAAACAGAGCUUACAAUACAAAUCAACAAGAAAUAUCAGGUGGGUUCAAAUAUACAAGCGAAUCUAACUUUGGAUCAUCCCAAACCGAAGCAGAGGAAUCAAAUACAGAAAUUACAGAAAAGGCUAGUUCUGGUUUAAGGAAAUCCACAAGCGGAUCAAAUGUUGCAUCCUCCAAAACCUUGACACAAGAUUCGAACGUAGAAAUUUCAGAGGAGACAAACUAUGGCUUAAAGAAAUCCACAAGCGGAUCAAAUGUUGCAUCCUCACAAACAGCAACACGGGGUUCGAGCGUAGGCAUUACGGAAGAGACAAACUAUGGCUUAAAGAAAUCCACAAGCGGAUCAAAUGUUGCAUCUUCACAAACAGCGACACGAGGUUCGAACGCAGACAUUACGGAGGAAACAAACUAUGUCUUAAAGAAAUCCACAGGUGGAUCAAAUAUUGCAUCCUCACAAACAGCGACGCGAGAUUCGAACGUAGACAUUACGGAGGAGACAAACUAUGGCUUAAAGAAAUCCACAAGCGGAUCAAAUGUUGCAUCCUCACAAACAGCGACAGGAGGUUCCAGCGUAGACAUUACUGAGGAGACAAACUAUGUCUUAAAGAAAUCCACAAGCGGAUCAAAUGUUGCAUCCUCACAAACAGCAACACGGGGUUCGAGCGUAGGCAUUACGGAAGAGACAAACUAUGGCUUAAAGAAGUCUUCAAGUGGCAUAAAAACUUCUCAGUUAGAAAAAACUUCAUCCGACUUUUUAACAGAAGCAUCAAUCACAUCUGGUUCAAUAACAAAUGAAGAACAGACAUCAUCUCUAGGUGUUGGAUAUUCAAAAUUCAGCCAAAAUCAGGCUUCAUCCUCAUUAAACUCAAACGAAAAUAGUGAAGAAUCAUCAUUAUUAAUUCACCAUGUUUUUGCUGAACCAACCACGGAAUAUCCUGAAACAACCAGAAUUGAUUUUAUUGAAGAAGAUGGCAUCAAGAAAAAUCUUAAAAAAUUAAUUGAAGUAAAUCGUUACGUUGAAGUGAAUUACAAAGAAGAUGAUGCUAAAAACAAAACAAUUAAAUUUGGUACAAUGUUAGACACGCCAGAAAUUGAUAAAAUCGGUGAAAUAAAUCGUGUAACAGUUAUUAAAAUCGUUGAUGGUAAUAUCACACAAACGGGUGAUGAGAAUUUAUUUUUCUCAGAAACGUCAGCACUUCGAAACUUUUUAAAUUCAACACGACCUGUUACAAUCACAACCAAAAUUCGUGCAUCAAAUAAAACUGUCGAACAUACUACACAGAAUGAAACUGUAACUGAUUUAUUAACUGCACAUUUACAAGCAAUUGAAAAUGCUUUAGUUAAUGAUGACGCUAAAAACGGUCGUAAGAUACGUAUUGAUUCCCAUUCAAAAGUCGCAAAUACUUACACCUUAAUGCCAGAUUUCACAGAGAUCACAACUCUUGCGUUAGAAGCCUUAUUUCCAAAAGAUAAACUACCAACAACCACUACUUCAAUUGACAAUGAAAUACAAACACCAUUACCAACCUUAAAACAAAUAGUAACAUCAGACAACCAACCAAAUGAGUCACAAAAUAAUUUAUUAAAUAUAAAAAUUUUAAAACAAGAUGAAGAAGGUAGCCGUUCAUUGAAAUUCUCUGAUGACACCAAUAUAUUACCAAUACGUAUUUUAAAUGAUAAACCAAUGAUCAAUGAUGAAACGAAAGUAGUAUAUUUAUUAAAGAAUAGUCCUUUUAUUGACAGUGGAAUUAAACGUGAAAAUCGUAGUCCACAAAAAGGAUUAAACAUUAAAUCAGAUAAAAUGGGUGGAUUUUUAACCACGACAAAGGUUAGUAGCGGUGUUUGAACAAAAAUCUUCACCAAAAAAAUAAUUAACUUUUAACAACUUUUAAACAACUCAAAAAAAGGUCCCAAUAAUAAUAAACCAUUGCCAUAAUAAUAAAACAAAAAAUAACUAUAAAA